CGAUCAAACCGAGGAAUAAAAAGAUCUCGAAUCUAGAUAAAAUAAUUUAUAAUAAUAAGUAUGAAUUCUCAACCAUCGCACGACUUCGCGCAGGCACAAUCUCUCCAGAUUCCUGGAUUACAAAGCCAAGACUGCAAGCUCAUCAUUAGACAACAACCUCGCUACGCGAGAGUUAACAUGGGCAAAGAGAAAGACCGUCGAGCAGUCGACCCUCCGCCUGUUGUUCAGCUUUUAAUAUCCCACGCGGUCGACCCCAGUGAACGUUAUAUUAUAAACCCACAUUUCUUCAUGAAAAGUAGUCUUACGCCAGUCACAGAUAUGCAAGUUGGGACAUCCCAUGGAGCCUUACUAGCAGGCACUACUGUUUCAUCUUGUCAUCGUCUGAAGGAUCCGGAAACUGACGAAUGGGGCGCGUAUUUUGUAUUUGGCGAUUUGUCGGCCAAGAUAGAAGGUACCUAUAUAUUGGAGUUCAAUCUUUUCGAGAGCCGCGAAGAUGAAGUGGUGUGGAUGGGAUGCAUUUCGUCAGAUCAAUUUAGCGUAUAUUCGUCAAAAGCUUUUCCUGGAAUGAUGGAAUCGACCACUAUGACCAAAAAGUUCCAGGAGCAGGGGCUCAAGUUGAGGGUUCGUAAGGAGCCUCGGUCGUUACUCAGAAAGCGCGGUCCUGCGUUUGAUGAUUACGAGCCCAAGAAGUAUCGUGCCAGAAUUCAAGAGCCGGACGAAGAGUCGGGUUCUCCAGAGGCGAGUAAAUACAGCGAACAACAACAAGCCCCACAUCAAAGUACACGUAUGCAAGAUAGAUACUCGGUCUAUUCUCAGGAAUCCUCGUCGCCGGAAGAACGCCGGUUGAAGCGUGUAAGGACUGAUACCCUUUCAAGCCAAUCGCAAAGCCCAAAUUUCAAUCAACAAGCUUCUGCCGAUUCACUUCAAUGGCCUAGAGGGUACGCUAAUGUACAGCAGCAGCAUCAGCAUCAGCAACAGCAGCAAUCUUCUUUUGCUAGCCAUCAUGUUCCAAGCCAACACCCUUUGCAGAGUUACAACGACUAUAACUCCUCAAAUUAUGCACAUUCUCCCCAGGAAAUGACUACACCGGUUCGAGAUCAGUUCUUUUCGAAUCAACUCUCGAAUACCCACAUCCAUGACUCACCUCAACCCAGAUCUUUACAAUUUGAUAUGAGUAAUCAGCGCCCAUCUCCCACAUACUAUCAUGCACAUUCGCAAAGGCCACUGCAUUCGACCGUUCCUAUAUUGUCAGAGCCCAAUCCAUUGAAUCACAGGCAGACAACAGAUUAUCCAGCUAUGGGAUAUCCACCAAGAUCACAUAUUUCACACAGUGGUCUUACCGGAAUGCUACCGCCAUCAAAUUUCGGGAGAAGUCCCAUCGCUCCUGGAUUUCCCGGCUAUCGGAGAGACACUGCAUAUGAGCCACUACCAGGAGAAAGUCUUAACAUGGGGCAAUAUCCAGAGCAGGGUCAUUUUGGUCUUCCUCUGAGAGAUCCUUACGAAAGCCGUCCCCCCGCACAUAUUGUGACAACAUCACAACCAGAAUAUUAUCAAUAAGGUUACAGAGAGUUACCAUCCAUCAGACAAAAUAGGCGCUGUAUUGAGCUUCAUCUAAAAGGGCGUCUCAUCGAUAACAAAAUACCCAUUUCAUUUAUCCGUUUCAUUGCAUAUAACCAUACUCAGUUUCUUCUUCUUUUCUUUUAUUUUCUUUUCAUUUCUUUUUAUCAAUCGUCGCCAUUUAUGGCCGUAUGGCCUCUUUGGUUUUCAUUUGUUGCUCCUCGGGUAGGGACUGGCUAUAUAGACACAUCUUGAAGCCUCUCCUUUUCUUGCGUAACUUUCUGGUCUGGGGCUGGGUGCAUAUAGCAGGGCCUGGUAUGGAGAUACUGGGCAGCUUCGAGGCGGCGCUGGGCAUGCAUGGAACUCGCACAUACUCAUCUGAAUAGCGUUCUCUCCAUAUUUUCUUUUUGUCGAUUACUCUCCCAUCAUUAUCAUUUCUCUCUAAGCGUUUUUUCCUUCUCUUUACUCGCAGGUUCGCGAAUUGUUUCUUCGGGCCGGUAUACCCAGGGUGAUAUUGGUACUCACGCGUAGGGCCGUGAUGAAAAAUUGGAAGUAGGGCUUCGAUCAAUUGGGCAUUGGGCAUUGGGCAUUGGACAGAGCUGGGCCGGGCAGCAAUAGGGGGGAAUCGGGUGGAUGGAAAUUGUAUUAUAGGAUGGAUGGGUUGGCGAAAAUUCGAAGAAGGAUGCAUCAGUUGCAACGACGCCGGCGGAAAUUUCAUAUUGGGUGCUGCAAUCAACAGCUGGACAGAUUGGCUGGGACUGGGAGAAUUGGGGCAGAGCAAGGAAUGGCAAGGAAAGGAAAGGGAAAGGGAAAGGGAAAAAGAUGCCGGCGAGCUUGGGAGUGAAAGGGUACACAUAUAUAGUAAUAAUUGGGAGGCUCAAUGUAGCAUAGCAUAGCAUACUAGCAACGUAUAGUAUUCCGCAAAAUUCGGAUGGCAUUUAUUCACAUGUAAAUACAUAAAUACAAGGAAUAUCGC